AUGUUUGAGGAACAGAGCCAAAGUAGCAGAGAGGAGUCAAAGUAUGGCCGGGCGAGUGUUUUGCCGGCAACCUCUGAGCCGGCUUGGGAGAUGGAAUUUGCGCCCGUGGGCGAGAAUCCUCCAACCGCGCCGCCAGACGAGAGUUACGACAUGAGCCGAAGGUCGAGCAGAGAUUUUGUUCAAGAUGGUGUCAGAGGUAUGGAGGCAAUAUCUCUAGCUUGGACGGGCUGGUCCCUUCUCGUUCCUUAUUGCAGCCUUCUUCUUACUGCAUUUGUUACAUCCCUUGAGGGUCAAGUCACCACCCCAUUGUUGUCAUUGAUGACAAAGCCCUUCCAGCAACACUCACUGCUAUCAACCACUUUUGUCGUGCGGGACAUCAUAUAUGUUGUUGCCAAACCUCCCAUAGCUAAGCUCGCCGAUGUGUUUGGCAGACUUGAAGCUUUCUGUCUGACUGUCGGCCUUCUCAUAAUCGGCUAUAUUCAACUGGCUGCCACGACAAGUGUCCAAGGUUUCGCGGCAGCACAGGUCUUCUACUCAGUGGGAUCCACUGGCCUUCUUCUGGUCCAGCAGAUAUUCAUCGCCGAUACGACUGACCUCCCCAACCGUGCACUAUUCUCAACCUUACCUGAUCUGCCCUACUUAGUGACGGUAUGGGUUGGCGACAUCAUCGGAGAUCAAAUAGUAGAUUCGUCUGGAUCUUGGCGAUGGGCAUUUGGGAUGUGGACGCUCAUUCUCCCUAUUGCCUUCAUUCCAUUGGCCUAUUCUCUGUUCGUCAAUGGAAGAAAAGCCAGUCAAAUGGGCCUUGGGCCUAGGACCUACACCACUCUUCAAGGCGGCCUAACAGGAGUUCCGCAGAACCUUUGGAGAGAUCUUGACAUAGGUGGCAUCAUCUUGCUGAGUUUGGGGUUAUCUCUCAUCCUCAUUCCAUGCUCGAUUGCUGGAUAUGUCUCGGGUGGCUGGGCAAAUGGAAACCUGGUCGCCAUGGUCACAAUGGGAGCCCUCUUCCUUGUCAUCUUCCCUUUUUGGGAGGCGAGCUCUCGCUUUGCGAGGAAGCGAGGAAUGGAGGGCAAAUUAGGCUCUUUUCUGGGUAGCCUCGCCCCCUAUCCACUCAUCCCUCUACGCCUACUCAAAUCAUCUACCUUCAGCGCUGGCUGCCUCCUUGCUGUUUUCUACUUUAUGGCCUUUUACCUUUCCGUCCAGCCGCAUCUAUAUUCCUACCUAAUUGUUGUGAGAAACUUUAGUGUUUCGGAUGCAAACUAUGUCUUAAAAAUAUUUUACGUCACGGCUACUGUUUCUUCAUUGAUCGUCUCAGUUUUCAUCAAAAUAUCAAACCGGUACAAGUGGUUUGUUACUGGAGGCUCUUGCGUCUACCUCCUCGGGAUCGGCCUCAUGAUCCAGCUCCGCGGCGAGCCUUCCCGAUCAGCCAUCGUUUCCUCGCAGAUCCUCAUUGGUAUCGGCGGAGGUAUGCUCAAUGUCCCUGCACAGCUCGGCGUGCAAGCAAGUGCCGGGCACCAAAACGUCGGCGUUGCCACGGCCAUCUUCCUCUCCCUCGUCAGUGUAGGCGGUGCCAUUGGCUCGGCGAUUAGCACUGCCCUCUGGGAGCGCUAUAUUCCGAGCAAGCUGCAGGACUACUUGCCUGACGAUGAAAAGAGGCGGGCGAGGAUCAUCUAUGAGGACUACAACGAAGCUCUUGGGUAUCCCAUGGGUUCGCCGGCCCGUGAUGCCAUAAUCCGCAGCUACCGGGAGAGCAUGACGGUUCUUCUUAUCAUGGCUGUUGUUAUCGCUGUCUUGGUAGUGGCUUGUUCGCUAUUCACGGAGGAUUUCAGUUUGAGCAUGGUCCAGCAAGGUGUAACAGGCAGGGUUGUGGGAGGCCAAGUUGAUGAGAAUCAAUGGAAGAAGGGUGAUAAACGGUCCUACCUUCGCAAGGCAUUAGAUUGGAUCGCAGGACGGCCGGCACCGGGUGUUUGA